AUGAGCAACCUACCGAUUAAAAAAGAAGAUCAUAGCGAGGAGAAAACAGCUCAAGAUCAAUAUGCAAUAACAGAAAGAAUUUUCAGCCAAUCACAAGGCGAGGUAAAAACCGAAGUCACUUCGAUUGAAGAAAAAGAAGAAAAUUUACAUCAAAGGGACGAAGAAAGUCAAGAUACAUCAAAAGAAUACGAACAGGAACAUCAACCUGAAAUUUAUAAUGAAAUUUAUAUAAUAGACCAAUCAGAGGUCAGGAAAAUUGAAAAUUCGCCUGAAUUAAUAAAUAGGCGUAAAAACGAGCGAAAAGCCGUAAUAAAUGUUAAAUCAAUCUUAAGAAAGUCAAGUACAAGACAAAGUGCGGAAAAAUGCACGAAGAGGCUAAAGGACUAUUUUAUAAAUCCAAAGGAUACAACGGACGAGUCAGACGAAGAGGAAAGAAGAUUUUCGAGUGAAGAAAGGUAUAAAACUAAUGGCGAGAAACUCCAAAACGAGGAAACACAGACCAUUCCUGGAAACACUCUGAAGAUGAAGAUAAGUAAGAAGGAAGUUACAUGGAAGUCCAGCCCUAAAACGAAACAAUGUUACCCAUCGCAACAAUUGCGUGAUUCAUGCCAAACACUGUCAACAACGACGGAAACCCGCAUAAAAGCGAAUACAGAGAGUGCCACGAAAACAGUCGUAAACAAAGUAAGAAAAGCAGGUGAUCUAGAAGAAAAGAUAAUAAAAAGAAGAAAAAUGUCAUCGUCAAAGACGGACGUAAACUUCGAUUUAAAGGAGUUAGAAAGAGAAGAGAAAGAAGUUGCGGAAGCAUUAAAGGUAGAAAUUGAGAGAAAAUUCGAAGUCUUAAGAAGAAGAAGACAACUAAAAGAAAUGAAAUUUAUGUUACAAAAACUGAGGCAAGUACCACAUGAUCAACCCACCAAAGACCUAAGGGCAUCAAUACACCAGAGUGAAAUUAGAAAAAUAAUGGAGACAUGUAAGAAUUUAACAUAUAAAAGAAGAAUCGUAGAGGAUUCAUUUAAAAUCCAGGACGACAAAGGGAAAGAUGUAUGCAAAGUAAGCGCUACCUUUGUGAUUCAAAAUCUCAAAAAAGAAAGGGAAAAGGAAACAACGAUGUACCAACUUCACUAUACUAUCAACAAUGGACAAAUUAGAAGGAACCGUGUGUUAAAAGCAGAGCAAAUAGCAAAUACGGACGCGAAAUUCAAGAAAUACGCAAUGACCGAGGCACGAGUACUAGAUCUCAUAAGGCCAACAAUAAUAAAUAUUGAAAUACCAUCUACAUCAAGAGACUACAUUGAAGAAGAGUCAACAAAAGAAAAUAUUAUACCGAAAGUAUCAACCGAGAGUAAGCCAACCAAAAGAAAGAAACAACAAUCCAGCGACGAAUCGUACGAAGAACCAACGGAAAGGAAAAAACAAACAAAGGCAGAAGUCGCGAGAGGGAAACCGAGAAUAUCGGGAAGAUUGGUCUCAAGAGAGACAUUAAAAGAAGAAGACGAAAUUAAGAACUUAAUCACCCUCGAGGAUCAGGACGCAGCGGAGGAGAUUCAAAUUGAGCAAGAACAAAAACAAGAAUGA